AUGGGGCACAGUGUCUCAACCCCUUUAAGUCUGACUCUGAAAUACUGGACUGAUGUAAAGGACAGAGCUAAUAAUUUGUUCGUUCAGGCAGCCCAUCCUUUGGCCUUGCCAGAGCCUUUGGCCCUGCCAGAGGAUCCACAAAGAGCACAAGAAGGUCCUGCACAGGGGACACGCAGUAGGUGGGCAGCUACUCUAGAGGCGAUACCUAUCUUCCCCCUGAGGGCUUAUGGCCCUCCUGAUGAAGAGGGCAACCAGCCCUUACAGUACUGGCCUUUCUCCUCUUCUGAUCUAUACAACUGGAAAUCUCAAAAUCCCCCUUUCUCUGAAAACCCCCAGGGUCUCACUAACCUUGUAGAAUCCCUUCUCUUUACUCAUCAGCCCACCCGGGAUGACUGCCAGCAGCUCCUCCAGGUCCUGUUCACCACUGAGGAGAAACAACGGAUCCUCCUGGAGGCUUGAAAGAAUGUUCCAGGAGCCGAUGGGCGACCUACCCUUCUCCCUGAUGUCAUAGAUGCAGGGUUCCCGUUGACCAGACCUAACUGGGAUUUUAACUCGGCAGAAGGUAGGGAGCACCUGAAGGUCUACCGCCAGGCUCUAAUGGCAGGUCUCCGAGGGUCAGCAAAAUGCCCCACCAAUUUGACUAAGGUAGGAGAGGUGAUCCAGGGGUCCAAAGAGUCUCCGUCAGCAUUUUUGGAGAGACUCAUAGAGGCAUUCCGUCAGUUUACCCCGUAUGAUCCUAGUAGUGAGGAGCACAAAGCUACAGUGACAGUUGAUUUUAUUGACCAGUCUAGGAGAGACAUCAGGAAGAAACUGCAGAAGCUUGAAGGGUUACAAGAUAAGUCGUUGAGGGAAUUAGUGCAGGUGGCUGAAAAGGUUUAUCAUAAUAGAGAGACAGAGGAGGAAAAAGAAGAAAGAAAGCAGAAAGAGCAGGAAGCUAAAGAAAUAAAGAGAGAAAAGUGCCAAGAAAGAAAUUUUCACAAAAUUCUGGCCACUGUAGUCAGGGAAACUAAUAAGACAGUACCGGGCAACAGGAAGGAUCAAUGUGCGUGCUGCAAGGAAAAAGGACAAAAACAAAAAAUCGCUCGAGCAGAUCGACAAGAAAAGCCUCUCCAGCUGGGGAUCCUACAGAAGUGCCAAUUGGCCUGGAACACGCCCUUGCUGCUGGUCCAAGAUCUCCGAGAGGUAAACAAACGUGUGGCCAACCUCCAUGCCACCAUCCCUAAUCCCUAUAAUCUUUUGAGUUCUUUACUUCCAGACAGGACCUGGUAUUCGGUACUGGAUCUCAAAGAUGCAUUUUUCUGUUUGCCGCUGACUGUAAAAAGUCAAGAUUACUUUGCCUUCGAGUGGAAAGAUCCAGAGACUGGCCUAGCAGGGCAACUCAUGUGGACCCGCCUGCCUCAAGGGUUCAAAAAUUCGUCCACCAUCUUUGAUGAGGCCCUCCACCAAGACUUGGCUAUGUUCCAGGCCUCUAACCCCCAGGUAACUCUGUUACAGUAUGUAGAUGAUCUCCUCUUAGCAGCGGCUGAUGAGGAACUGUAUCUGGAAGGAACAAAGUGUCUCCUCACAGAGUUGGGAGAACUGGGCUAUUGAGCCUCCGCCAAAAAGGCUCAGAUCUGCAAGUGACAGGUUCGUUACCUGGGGUACCUUCUUAAAGAUGGGAAGAGGUGGUUGUCUGAGGCCAGAAAAGAGACAGUGUUUCACAUUCCACCACCCGCUAAUCCAAGACAAGUCAGGGAAUUUUUAGGUACUGCCAGGUUCUGCCGCCUAUGGAAACCUGGUUUUGCUGAGAUGACAGCCCUGUUAUAUACCCUCACUAAGAACAGUCAGCCCUUCAAGUGGGGAAAGGAAGAACAACAGGCUUUUAACAACAUCAAGACGGCCUUAAUGUUCGCACUGGCUCUGGGGCUCCCAGACCUAACCAAGCCCUUCCACUUGUAUGUGGCAGAAAAUAAGGGGGUUGCAAAGGGGGUCCUAACUCGAAAACUGGGGCCCUGGAAAAGGCCUGUAGCAUAUCUGUCUAAAAAAACUAGACCCAGUAGCCUUGGGGUAGCCAGCUUGUCUAAGAAUCAUACAGCAGUCGCAGUUCUGGUAAAAAAUGCUGACAAAUUGACUAUGGGACAGAGUUUAGUGAUCUCAGCACCUCAUGCUUUAGAGAGUAUUGUCUGCCAGCCCCCUGACCGCUGGCUCACAAAUGCUCACAUGACUCACUAUCAGACUCUGUUACUGAACUCAGACCGAGUUACUUUUGCUCCCCCUGCAAGCUUAAAUCCAGCCACGUUGCUACCAGACCCUGACCUUGACCCUCCUAUCCGUGACUGCCAACAAAUGCUUGCUGAGGCACAUGGAGGGCGGAAAGACUUGUCAGAUCAGCCUCUGACAGAUGCCGAAGCCACUGACGGCAGUAGUUUCCUGGAGGAAGGAGUACGAAAGGCAGGAGCUGCUAUAGUAGAUGGCCAGAACCUGAUAUGGGCACAGACCUUACCUGCAGGAACAUCCGCCCAGAAGGCAGAACUCAUCACCCUCACAAAAGCCCUUGAACUAGGAGAGGGCAAAAGAAUCAACAUCUAUACGGACAGCAGGUAUGCCUUUGCCACUGCCCAUGUGCAUGGUGCCAUCUAUCGACAGCGGGACCUGCUAACCUCUGGAGGAAAAGAAAUCAAAAACAAGGCAGAGAUCAUAGCCCUGCUAGAGGCCCUUCACCGACCGCUAAAAGUGAGUAUUAUACACUGCCCGGGCCACCAGAAAGGGGAUUCCCCCAUUGCCAGGGGAAAAAACUUGGCCGAUUCUGAAGAAAAAGGGCGCUGGCAUGCAGCGUCAGGCAAGCCUAUCUUUCCACAAGAACAAGCAUGUGCCAUGAUCAAACAAAUGCACCAAUGGACUCAUCCGGGAGUAAACAAAUUGGUCCAAACUUCCCUAAGAACAAAAUAUCAUAUCAUAGGGCUAAAACAUUUAGUAGAGCAGAUAGUUAAAAGCUGUGUACCUUGUCAAAAAGUAAAUAUCUGCAAAAAUACAUCAGGGCCUGGCAAGAGACUUAAGGGAGACAGACCAGGAGUAUAUUGGGAAGUAGACUUUACAGAAAUCAGGCCAGGCAGAUAUGGUUACAAGUAUCUCCAAGUUUUUAUAGACACCCUCUCUGGAUGGGUAGAAGCAUUUCCAAUGAAACAAGAAACAGCCACAGUCGUGGACAAGAAAAUCCUGGAAGAAAUCUUCCCACGCUUCAGGGUGCCCAAGGUAAUCGGGUCUGACAAUGGACCUGCCUUCGUUGCCAAGAUAAGUCAGGGAGUGGCCAGACACCUAGGGGUCAAUUGGAAAUUACAUUGUAUCUAUAGACCCCAGAGUUCAGGACAGGUAGAAAGGAUGAAUAGGACUCUAAAAGAGACCCUGACUAAAUUAACCAUGGAGACUGGCGUGGACUGGGUGAUGCUCCUUCCCUCAGCCCUGUUUAGAGCUAGGAACACCCCCUCCCGGUUCAACCUGACUCCCUUUGAAAUUCUCUAUGGUACCCCUGCCCCCUUGACUUUACUGGGGGAUGCUUUUGAAUCCACUUGCCACAGUAACAGUGACUUAUAUGCCAGGUUGAAAGGACUACAAGCAGUACAGAAGGAAGUCUGGACGCAGCUGGCAGCCUCCUAUAAGCCUGGGACCCGCGAGGUUUCUCAGCAGUUCCAGGUUGGGGACACAGUCUAUACGGGAUCUCCGCUUGGAUCCACGCCUCGCACGUAA